AUGGAGACUCAAUGUCGAUCACUCCAAGGGUCUUGCUCCAACUGUCAAGCACCGCCACAUCAAUUGGAGGUCUUUAACAUUGGCCACGUUGGGGACUGGCGAGAGCCAUACGUCAGUUACCUCCACGACGGUAUGCUCCCUGCCAAUAAGAAUGACGCAGCCAAGAUGAAGCAAAGAGCCAAAAGAUUCGUAUUUCAUGAAGGAAACCUAUACCGUAAAAGCUUUGGAGUACAUGAUAAUCCUCGGACAUGGAACGAGCAAUUACCCAUAGCGCUAUGGGCGUAUUGGGCGGCACCUAGAAUCUCUACUGGCGUUUCUCCAUAUUCACUCGUCUAUGGCGCAGAUGCAAUUCUUUCAGCAGAGAUUAAAAUUCUGUUGGCUAGGAUUGCGGCCGCAAGUGGAGUUCAAUGGAAUGAGGCUGAAGCAUCGAGUGCCAGAAUAGCGGAGCUAGAUACUCUAGACUCCAAGAGAACUAAGGCAGAAGAACAUUCUCAGGCAUACAGAAAUAGGGUCUCCAGAGCAUAUGAUAAAGCCGUAAAACCUCGAAUCUUUCAAGUAGGAGAUCUGGUGUUGAAGACUGCUAAGCACAUUCCGCAAGACAUGUCCGCACCAAAAUUCUCUCCAAAAUGGGAAGGACCUUAUGUGGUCACAAAAGCCUACAACAGUGGGUACUACAAGAUUGUCAAAGAAGAUGGAGGAAAGUUGGAAGCGGUCAUCAAUAAAAAAUGGCUCAAGUCAUACUACGCCUGA